UCCACUGGAGCACAAACCCGGAAGAAGGAAAUAAUGUCCGUUGUCGUCCACUAGCGCGAGACAGUUUGAGGUCGAGUGGAAGACCUCAGUCUCGGUGACAUCAGCUGUGGGAACUGAGUCGGAAGACAAAUAUAGUGUUUGUUUGAGUUUCCAAGCAGAGUAAAGUAAAUGUACGAAGUGAACGCUUGUUUUGGCCACGGCGCAACAAAGCGCCAGUCAGACCUUACAGGCGUGGAAUUUCUGGGAAGUGGAAGAUUGAGUGUCAGAGACCGUGGCUUGCAGUGCAAAUGUUGUAGCUAAAGUUAAAUGCUGCCUUUCACCGAAUAUACCUGCACAAUUAGCCCCUGUGAAGCUGGUAAUGGAAUGAUCCUAUUUGGGCGUCAGUGGCAUCUGAAAAAUUAAAAGCCCCUGUCAUAGAUUUAAAUACAAGUUGACCAUGGCGAUGACAAGCCAGAUGUCCUGCUCCUCGAUGAGCAACCACACUAAGGAAAGGGUCACCAUGGCCAAAGUAACGCUGGAGAAUUAUUAUAUCAACCUGAUAUCACAGCAUGAGGAAAGGGAAAUGAGACAGCAGAAGCUGGAGAAGGUCAUGGAUCAAGAGGGCCUAGGUGAUGAAGAGAAGCGUGUCCGGCGGUCUCAGCAUGCUAGGAAAGAGACUGAGUUUCUUCGUCUCAAACGAACACGGCUUGGAUUAGAGGACUUUGAGUCGCUCAAAGUGAUUGGCCGAGGAGCUUUCGGAGAGGUGCGGUUAGUCCAGAAGAAGGACACAGGACAUGUUUAUGCCAUGAAAAUCUUGCGUAAGUCUGAUAUGCUUGAGAAAGAGCAGGUUGGCCAUAUUCGAGCAGAAAGAGACAUCCUUGUAGAGGCAGACAGUUUGUGGGUGGUGAAGAUGUUUUACAGCUUUCAGGAUAAGAUGAACCUCUACCUCAUCAUGGAGUUUCUGCCUGGAGGUGAUAUGAUGACUCUACUGAUGAAGAAAGACACUUUAACGGAGGAGGCCACACAGUUUUAUAUUGCUGAGACUGUGCUGGCUAUUGACUCCAUUCACCAACUGGGCUUCAUCCACAGAGACGUCAAACCAGACAAUCUCCUGCUGGACUCAAGAGGCCACGUGAAGUUGUCUGAUUUCGGCCUAUGCACUGGUCUGAAGAAAGCUCACCGCACAGAGUUCUACAGAAACUUUAAUCACAGCCUUCCAAGUGACUUCACGUUCCAGAACAUGAACUCAAAGAGGAAAGCAGAAACAUGGAAGCGAAACAGGAGACAGUUGGCCUUUUCCACGGUUGGAACCCCUGACUACAUCGCUCCAGAAGUGUUCAUGCAAAAUGGUUAUAACAAGCUCUGUGAUUGGUGGAGUUUGGGCGUCAUUAUGUAUGAAAUGCUAAUAGGUUACCCUCCAUUUUGCUCUGAGACGCCUCAGGAAACUUACAGGAAAGUGAUGAACUGGCGGGAAACUUUGAUCUUUCCACCUGAGGUCCCAAUUUCAGAAAAAGCCAAGGAUCUGAUCCUCAGGUUCUGUUGUGAGAGCGAGCACAGGAUUGGGGCUGUUGGAGUGGAGGAGAUCAAGACUAACCCUUUCUUUGAGGGAGUGGACUAUGACCAUAUCAGGGAAAGACCGGCAGCUAUACCAAUUGAGAUCAAAAGCAUCGACGACACUUCCAACUUUGACGAGUUUCCUGAUUCAGACAUCCUCCAGCCUACAGGUGUGUUUUCAGCCACUCCUGUGUCCAACCACACUGAAGCUGAUCUGAAGAGUAAAGACUGGGUGUUCAUCAACUACACCUACAAGCGCUUUGAGGGGCUGACUGCACGAGGAGGCAUCCCAUCGUACAUGAAAACUGGGAAGAGAUAGGCUUCAGUAGGACUCGAUAACUUGCUGCAUUCUUGCAGUGGUUGUUUUUCCACACAGAGACAUUCUCCAUCGCUGCUCCUCGCAUCUGAAGGAUCCUGCAUCAUCCAUUUCCAGUUUUGAAUCACUCAACUAGGAUUCAUUUAUGGAUAUGGACUCCACCCGCACUCAAGGCAUGCUCGCAGUCUCAUCUAAGGGCAUCUUUUCCUUAAACACCAUGACUAUGCUAGGUUUUCAUCCCUGAGCUUUUCCUUUUCCCCUCUUAAGGAUAUAACAUUUGAGGCAAUCAUCUUUUAGGUUGCCAGAUUUUGUAUAUUUUUGAAUUGAGAUAUUUUAGUACACUCACACUGGCAAAAAGGGCUAGAACGGAAGCUGGUUAGACCUCCUGCAACCAUAAUUGAUUUUAAUCCCAUUAGGUGGAUCAUUGAUUUACUGUUUCCAAGAACUAGCGUUUGUGGUAGAAGCCCUUUCUCAGCCCUUUUCAUGUCCACAUCUGCUGUACACAUCUUAAAGACUGAAAACGUCCCUUUUAUUAAAUAAGAUGGAUGUUUUGAAAACCCAUACUUCUAAAGACUUCACUUUUCUCCUCUGUUUUCAAAAAUGAUUUCUUGUUCUGCUCACCAUCCAAGAUCUCAGUGACCAUGGCAAAACACAGGGGGGUUCAUGGACAGUCCGAUCUGAAUGGGAUUCACACAAACCCCCAGAGCUGCAGAUGUUGCCUUACAUUCGGAUCCUUCUUGUACCAGCAGAUAUGUCAUGAAUGCAUUUGCCAGUCAAAUCAAAUUGUUUAUCAGCAAACAAUGACAUUUCACCAGCUGAUGUCAAAGACCAAGCAAAGUCUACUGACCAGCGUUUAUUAUUUAAUGGGUAUAGUUUCAGCCACCAACUGAUUCAGAAUUUGCUUGGUGCUAAUCCUGUUCUUUUUUUAAAAAUUUUAAUUUUUUCUUUAAUAAAGGGGCUCAUUGCUGAUGUUUGUGGGCAAAGCCACAAUUUUAUUUUUUUUGCAUCUUGAGGAGAAUAACAACACUAUUCAGGGAUUUGAAUUUGAUAGAGUCUUCCAUAUUAAUAUGGGAAUAAAAUGUUUAAUGCAUUUUUUUUAUAUUACCAAAGAGGCGCCAUCAGCUUUAUUGGCUUGACUCAUUUUGUGGAUGCUUUGGCUUUUAUACAGCAUUAAUUAGCAAGCUUAUAUCUUAAACCGUUAAUAUAGAAACUUGUAGCAAAAUAUUCAUUCCAAUAUGGUUCCAAUCAAUCUGUAUUAUUGGAAGCUGCUGUUAUCAGCAUGUGCUUGUGAUGGUUGACUUUGUAAAAAAAAAAAAAAAA